AUCCCGAAGCAACAUGACUCGAACAGUGUCUUUUGUCCUCUCUCUACUUAGCUCAAACAUUUAUGUAUCCUAAUAGGAUUAUGACAUAAUUUUCUUAUCGCAACUUCCUUUAAUGCUUUACUUUCUUUUAUGCAUUUGUUAAUCAAUAAACAUAGCCGAUGUUGCUUAUUGUGCGGUCUAAAACAAGGAUGGGCCAUGUGCAAGGAAUUGGGCUAAGAAAUUGAGCCUAAUACCCAAAAAAAACUCUAAAAUAAAAUUUUAGUUAUGAUUUUAUAAACUUAAAAUCAAUAAUAGGAAUAUGGUUUUUCAUAAAUGAAAAAAAAUCUGCGGAAUCGCGCGGAUCUAUAUCUAAUAAUUUUUUUUGUCAGCUUAUCUAGUAAUAACUUAAAACUAUAUCUCUGAAGUUAGAACAUAAAAUAUAUAUUAUUAGAUUUAGAAAUCAAUAUCUUAAAGCUUUAUAUUUAGUGUUUUAAAAGUUAUUGAUAUAAAUCUACAACAAUAAAAUCUAGCGCUGCAACAUAAAAACUUACAUCCUAUAUUUAAAUUAAAGUGACAGCCUAUAUCAAUCAAUCCUUUUAUCUUCCUAAAUGAUGCAGUGUGAAAACCAAUUUAUUAAUGCAUAUCUUUUAUUUAAAAAAAUCAUUUUUUUGUGAUCUUCUUGAACUUUUAACAGCAAAACAUUCUUCUAUAGACUGAAAGUUUAUAUAACUAAUUAUGAUUAAUUGAUUCCACACAAUACUUUUUCAUUUCCUGUGAACAACAAGGCAGCAUUGCAUGAUUGAUUUACUAAUCUAACAGUCAUAACUACUUUUUAAUUUCAUUUACCAAAUGGUCAACACAAUUACAUACAAUAUCUUAUGAACAUUAAAAUCCGAAUCCAUGCCUAUCCAUAAGACAUACCUUUAAUUAAUGUACAUAUGAUUACAUUUUUAUAUAAAUAGAGACUAUUAACUAAUAAAAAAAAAACUACUCAAACUCUUCACUAAUUCUUUACAGAAAUAUGAAUCCUUCUCAAAAGCGACCAGUUGUCUAUGCAGGUGAUGUUGUUGUUGAUCAUGCUGCUGCAAAUUCAGAACCUGUUGGAGUUUCUCUCGGAGAAGAUCAUGUUCCUACACCUCGUGAGAAAGUGCAUGAGGUCUUGCGUGUUUUCAAAGAAGUGUUCACACAGUUGGAUCGAGAGAAACAAGCUAGGCGCGGUGGAGAUUUAUACGAGGCGACAUCUCGAAUAGACCUCAAAACACAAGUUUUCUUAGAGAAAGAAGGCAAACAUGUGAACACACCGAACAGAAUUGGACAAGUUCCUGGAAUCGAAGUUGGGGAUGAGUUCCAGUACAAAGCUGAGCUUCGUGUCAUCGGGCUUCAUUUCAGGAUCAUGUCCGGGAUCGACUAUGUGGAAGUUGAAGGUGUGAAGUUGGCGACAAGCAUCGUUUCGUCGGAAAGAUAUGAUUUUGAUGAUAAGUUUGAUGCUGAUGUUGUGAUAUAUACUGGUGAAGGAGGAAACGUGAUUAACAAGGAAAAGAAUGCUGAAGAUCAGAAGAUGAUAAAGGGCAAUUUAGCAUUAGCUAACAGCAUGAGGCAUAAGAGGGAAGUGAGAGUGAUACGUGGAGACGAGAGAUGGGAUGGUAAAGGGAAGCAUUAUGUGUAUGUUGGAUUGUAUUUAGUUGAUAAGUACUGGUUGGAGAAAGGAGCUAGUGGUAAGAGUGUGUACAAGUUUAAGCUUUGUAGAAUUCCUGGUCAACCUCCGCUAACUUGAGAACCAUAUUUGAAGGAACUAUCAAAUAAAUGAAAAACUAUAAUGUAUAACUAAUAAAUGAAAGUAUUAUUUAAUAAACGGUUGAUAAUGAAGUAU